GCCAGUUCAAACCGGUUUCAGGGUAAUAGAAACUCCAUUUUGUAAUGACAAGAGAGCAAAACAUUCACAGGAGAAUAUGAAUACAUUUACGGGUAUAAUCUGAAGGAGACAUGACCUCCAAAAUGAGUGUUUCUGGGAAACAGGACACAAAGAAAGAUGAGAGUCUGAUUCAGGGUAAGAGAUCAGACUCACCUGAACCCAGCUGUGUGUCCAUGAAGAGUGACAGGUCAAUGGAUCGUCCAAUAAAGUUUAAAGACACAGAUGGUGCUCUUGAUCUGAGACCACAGAACAACAAAUCAAAAUUAACUGAGAAGAGUGAUUUGGAGGCCAUAUUCAAGGAUCUGGAGCACAAAGUUGUCACUGUGAUAAAGCACGAGCUGAAGAGGUUUAAGAUGCUCCUUAGUCCAGAUUAUCCAGCAUGCUCUGAGAGGGAGGUGGAGGACGAGGAGGAUCAGAGCAGUGUCAAAGAGGGGGUGUUGAAGAUCACACUGCACUUCCUGAAGAACAUGAACCACACAGAUCUCGCUCACACACUGCGCAACAAACUCGUCUCUGUGUCUCAGCAAAAGCUGAAAUCCAACCUGAGAGAGAAGUUUAAAAGAAUUAAUGAAGGGAUCUCACAGCAUGGAAACUCAGCACUUUUGAAUGAGAUCUACACAGAGCUCUACAUCACAGAGAGUUGGAGUGGAGAUGUCAAUAACGAACAUGAAGUGAGACAUAUUGAGACAGUGUUCAGGAGACCAGCUACACAGGAGACACCCAUCAAAUGUAAUGAUCUCUUUAACGGCACGUCCAUCAGAAGUGUGCUGACUAAAGGAGUUGCUGGAAUUGGAAAAACAGUCUCUGUGCAGAAGUUCAUUCUGGACUGGACUGAAGGAGAAGCGAAUCAGGACGUCACCUUCAUGUUUCCACUUCCCUUUAGAGAGCUGAAUCUGAUGAAGCAGAAAAAUCUCAGUCUGAUUAAUCUUCUUCAUCAUUUUUACCCAGAAACGAAAAAAUUACAAUUAAUUAACUGGGAUAUUAACAAAGUCCUGUUGAUUUUUGAUGGUCUGGAUGAGUGUCGACUUCCUCUAAAUUUCCAGAACAAUGAGAGAUUGUGUGAUGUGACAGAGUCGGCCUCAGUGGAUGUGCUGCUGACAAACCUCAUCAAGGGGAAUCUGCUUCCCUCUGCUCUCCUCUGGAUAACCUCUAGACCAGGAGCAGCCAAUCAGAUCCCUCCUGAGUAUGUAGACCAGGUAACAGAGGUACGAGGUUUUAGUGAUCCUCAGAAAGAGGAGUACUUCAGGAAGAGGAUCAGUAAUCAGAGCCUGGCCAAUAAAAUCAUCACACACUUGAAGUCUUCAAGAAGCCUCUACAUCAUGUGCCACAUCCCAGUCUUCUGCUGGAUCUCAGCCACUGUUCUAGAGAGAAUGUUGGGUGAAGCAGAGAGUGGAGAGAUCCCCAAGACUCUGACUCAAAUGUUCACACACUUCCUGAUCUUUCAGAUCAAACACAGGGACCAAAAGUACCAUCAGAAAUGUGACCCUGAUCCUCAGCAGAUCAGAGAGAGUAUCCUGGCACUGGGAAAACUGGGUUUCCAACAGCUGGAGAAAGGAAAUCUGAUCUUUUAUGAGGAAGACCUGACAGAGUGUGGCAUUGAUGUGAGAGAAGCAUCAGUGUACUCAGGAGUUUGUACCCAAAUCUUCAGAGAGGAGUUUGGGCUUCACCUGGGGAAGGUGUUCAGCUUUGUACAUCUGAGUGUUCAGGAGUUUCUGGCUGCUUUAUACACAUUUCUCUCCUUCAUCUGCAGAAAUGUAACAGAUAAUCAAACUGUUGAUCUGCCUGAUGUUUUCACCAAGGCAAACAUGUUUGAUUUUCUCAGGAAUGCAGUGGACAAGGCCUUACAGAGUGAGAAUGGACACCUGGACCUGUUUCUCCGCUUCCUUUUGGGUCUCUCACUGGAGUCCAAUCAGACUCUCUUACGAGGCUUAAUGCCCCAGAUAAGAAGCAGCACUCACAGCAAACAGGAAACGGUCAAGUACAUCAAGGAGAAGAUCAGGGAGAAUCCAUCUCCAGAGAAAUCCAUCAAUCUGUUCCACUGUCUGAAUGAACUGAAUGAUCAUUCUCUAGUGCAGGAAGUACAACGUUACCUGAACAGAAGAGAUUAUGUUCGUCUCAGUGGAGUCAGUCUCUCUCCUGCUCAGUGGUCAGCUCUGGUUUUUGUGUUACUGAACUCAGAACAGAAGCUGGAUGUAUUUGAUUUGAAGAAAUAUGACCGAUCAGAGGAAUGUCUUCUGAAGCUGCUGCGAGUGGUCAAAGACUCCAGAAAAGCUUUUCUGUGUGGGUGUAAUCUGACAGAGGAAAGCUGUAGAGUUCUGUCCUCAGUUCUCAGCUCAAACUCCUCCAGACUAAGAGAACUGGACUUGAGUAAUAAUAACCUGCAGGAUUCAGGAGUGAAGUUGCUCUUUGCUGGACUGGAGAAUCCACAAUGUAUCCUGGAGACGCUGAGUUUGUGUGGGUGUGAUCUGACAGAUGGAAGCUGUAGAGUUUUGUCCUCAGUUCUUAGCUCAAACUCCUCCAGUCUGAGAGAACUGAACCUGAGGGACAAUCACCUGCAAGAUUCAGGAGUGAAGCUGCUCUCUGCUGGACUGGAGAAUCCACACUGUACACUGGAGAAACUGAGGAUGGACCAUUGUAAUUUGACAGAGGAAAGCUGUAGAGUUCUGUCCUCAGUUCUCAGUUCAAACUCCUCCAGUCUGAGAGAACUGGACCUGAGUUACAAUAACGUGCAGGAUUCAGGAGUGAAGCUGCUCUCUGCUGGACUGGAGAAUCCACACUGUACACUGGAGAUACUGAGUCUGUGUUUGUGUAAUCUGACAGAGGAAAGCUGUAGAGUUCUGUCCUCAGUUCUCAGCUCAAACUCCUCCAGACUGAGAGAACUGGACCUGAAUAACAAUAAAUUGCAGGAUUCAGGAGUGAAGCUGCUCUCUGCUGGACUGGAGAAUCCACACUGUACACUGGAAAAACUGAGUCUGCGUCAGUGUAAUGUGACAGAGGAAAGCUGUAGCGCUCUGUCCUCAGUUCUCAGCUCAAACUUCUCCAGUCUGAGAGAACUGGACCUGAAUAACAAUAAACUGCAGGAUUCAGGAGUGAAGCUGCUCUCUGCUGGACUGGAGAAUCCACACUGUAUACUGGAGAUACUGAGUCUGUGUGGGUGUAAUCUGACAGAGGAAAGCUGUAGAGUUCUGUCCUCAGUUCUCAGCUCAAACUCCUCCAGACUGAGAGAACUGAACCUGAGUACCAAUAACCUGCAGGAUUCAGGAGUGAAGCUGCUCUCUGCUGGACUGGAGAAUCCAAACUGUACACUGGAGACACUGAGUCUGUGUCGGUGUAAUCUGACAGAGGAAAGCUGUGAAGUUCUGUCUUCUGUUCUCAGCUCAAACUCCUCCAAUCUGAGAGAACUGAACCUGAGUAACAAUAACCUGCAGGAUUCAGGAGUGAAGCUGCUCUCUGCUGGACUGGAGAAUCCACACUGUACACUGGAAAUACUGAGGCUGGAACUCUGCAGUAUUGCAGGUGAAGGUUGUGCUGCUCUGGUUUCAGCUCUGAGGUCGAAUCCCUUAUCACACCUGAGAGAACUGAAUCUGAACUACAAUAAACCAGGAGAAUCAGGAGUGAAGCUGCUCUCUGAUCUACUGAAAGAUCCACACUGUACACUGGCAAAACUACAGUUCAGGACCAGUUACUAAUCUGAACAUUAACUGAAGCUCUUGAUGUGUAUCUACAUGAUUUUAUAGACUGUGCUGCUGCCACAUGAUUGCCUGAUUGGAUCAUGUGCAGGAUUGUGUACAGGUGUUCUGAAUAAAGUGGACAGUGAGUGUG